UCGUCGCUGUCGCUUUAAGACGCGGCACUGCCGCAGACGCAGCCUCACUUCAUCUCCGGGCUUCGCGGCUGCAGGAUGGACUCUCAGCAGCAUCGGCAGCAUCUCUUCGUCCUGCGGCCACCGGGGACCGUUCAGCGACCGUCAAGCGUGGCCGGACCCGAGGCGUUUCUCCCAUGCGCAGCCUCCACCUGGCGAAAUGGUAGCGUUCCGCGUGGACGUGGGCUCCGCCGGUGCUUCGUGUAGUGGGGGCGUUUGUUGUGAGGGAGCCGGUUGAGUCCGCGAGUUUCCGUAUGUAGGACACGGAGCGUUUGCUGGGGAGCUGCUUCAUCAUAGGUGAGUGGGUUGCGUUUCUGAGACGCGAACUCGCAGCUGCGUGUGCGGACAUUAUGCCGUCAGCUGAUACGCAAACUACGGACGAGACUUUUGUCUGUUCUCCUCCGCCUGUUUAUCUCUGCGGGCAACAGAUGCGCUAAAUCCCGCGACUUAAUCCGCAAUGAUGAUGAUUCAAGGACAGGACGUGUCGUCCCGGCUCCAUCUGAUACCUGUCCUGGAAAACCUCAUCAGCUGAUGCUCUCAUGUCGAAGCAGCUUCGUUCUGGGCUCCAACGUUCACGCUGCUGCUCCCUUACGUAAGACGAUUGCGUCUUUCUCACCAGUAACCUACUCACCACUUGUUGCACAGACACUGGAGAGAAAGACGAGGUUUCCUGCCUCAUUGUCCCAGAAUUUAAAUCUGCAGGACACACAUGGGCGCGUGCUUUGCUUUAAUCUCCAUUUUAAUCAGAGGUUGGAGGCCAGUGUGCAGCCACCACGGGGAUUUAUCCUCUGGCAGGUGUAUGUACUGUAGAUGUUUAGACGUGGCUGCAGGAGCUGUGGAGGAAUGAUGAGAACAUUUUGUCCUCACCCUUUAUUUCUGUGCUGUGGAUGUGACGGAGCCUCACUUUGAAGAGAUAGAGGAAGAGCGAGCGUCUAAUUGAAACUCUCUCUCUCUCCAUCACAUUUCUUUCACCUGUCCUUGAGGCCAUUGGGGUCAUAACAUGUGAGAAUGGGAGGGGUUUAUGAUUGACGGCUCACACGCAGCACAUGUUCACCAGGCAAACGUAAGGGUCUAAAAACGUGGCUCAUGAUUUUAAGAUCCAUUCUCUAAACGUGCCUUCGGUGUCUUCCUCGUGGUGCAGCUUUUACUGCUGUUCCUGUGACUCUCUCCAUUGUCCCCAGCCACCAAGUAGCUUUCUGCCCUUUGACACCAGUUAAUUUGAGGCUGUGCAGACAAAGAGGACGGAGCUCACAGAACAGCUGUGUUCCAGCGCAGAAAGGAGACUUUGUGCUUUCAGCAUUGCCGUCCAACGUGCUGGUGUCUGUAAUGAGAGCUACAUUCGGCCUGUGAGGGCUGCUCGCCUCCCGCUAUAGGCCGCAGCACAGAGGUCAGAGGUCACCUGCACAUCGAUGUCUCUCACGCCGAGUCGGAGGCCCUCCUCAGGUCAGCGCAGGCGCUCCGUGGGCACCGGCGGCGGCGGCGGGCGACACUCCCAGAGCGAUGCGUCCAGCACUCACACCUACCCCGGUCGGGCGCGGGCCGCGGAGGGAAGCCCCACAGCUCAGACCUAUCCCAGCACCCCCAGGCGUCAGGUGAAGCACACGGCCUGCAGUGACAACCACGGCAUCAGGCCCCCCACCCCAGAGCAGUACCUCACACCCCUGCAGCAGAAGGAGGUGUGCAUACGACACCUCCGAGCCAGGCUCAGGGAGAACGUGGAACGACUGCAGCACAGGGACCUUGAAAUAGAUGAGCUAAGGAACCAGUUGUACAGGAUGCAAGAGGACUGGAUAGAGGAGGAGUGUCACCGCGUGGAGGCCCAGUUAGCGCUAAAAGAGGCCCGCAGGGAGAUCCAGCACCUCCAGGGGGUGGUGGAGUCCGUGCGGUCCAACCUCGCUGUCCGGGAGCAGGACCCCCACGACCACAAGCCAUACUCAGGGUUGCAGGGAGCUCGGCCCGUGGGGCGCUCGCGCUCCUGCGGCUGCUCGCCGGCCGGCACCCUGAGCCGCAGCGCCGCCUACCACCGCCUGAGCAGCGAGGCCCUGCAGCCGGAGCGCGGCGCCGGCGCCGCCGAGGCGGGCGGGGCCUCCCGGCCGGCCGGGCAGACGCGCCUGCUGCUGGAGGCGGCGCUCCUCACGGAGCAGCUGCCGCCGCACGGCCCCCCGCGGCCGCCGCCGCCGCGCUCCUCCACCUACGAGCGGCUGUGCGGCGGCGGCGGGGCGGCGCCGCCCACGUCGCACUCCUGCCACGCGCUCAGCAGCGGCGGCUGCAGGUGCGGCGGCCACACCUACCUCCCCCAUCACCACCUGUUCCUGCACCUGCCGCAGGAGGAGGCCCCGGCGGCGCCCCCCUCGGACCCCGUGCGCGUCCCCUCGCCUGUGGAGAGGAGGAGGCCGGAGGUCCGCUCGCAGGCCUGCAGCCCCACCAUGAGCUGGCUGCGGGAGGAAAGCGCCGCGGAGGGGCUGAGCGUCAUCUCCUUGGAAGCGGACACUCCAUCGGAACCACGCGCCGUCCCGUCCUCUUUACCCACGGUGCCGCCUCCUGAGAAUUCCCACAGCGCAGAGCCGCUGCCGCCUGACAAAUCAGAGGUCACGCUUUUGCCAGCUGGGCCCCACACCUGCCAGCCUCACCCCAGGGCGCCACUUCCUGUGAAGCAGGAGGCGACAGCAGUGGAGACUGACGACAAGGAGGACGGCGAAGGGGCGGAUGAAGACGGCCACCCGCCCCAGCACUGCCACUGGAGCCGGUACUUCCUGGUGGACCUGCUGGCCUUGGCGGUGCCGGUGGUCCCGACCGUGGCCUGGCUGUGCCGGGGGGCUCCGCAGGAGGUCCUGCCCGUGUAUCACAUCGGCUCGCUGCUCAGAGGAUGCUGCGCCGUGGCUCUGCACUCGCUGCGGCGGCAGGGCGCGGGCGGGCGGCGCCGGCCCACCAGCAUGAACGGAGCCACCGCCAUCUGAGAGCGGACUAGCGUUUACCAUCGUUCUCCUCCAGACUCUUAGAUUUGACAUAAGAACCCUUGUGAUUUUGUGGCCAUGCCUUGCCUUGGAGAAAAACGCAUUAGUUGAUGAUUAAAUACAUAAUACCUACUGCUACUGCCUGCACUUUAAGUAUGGUCUCUUUAUAAUAACGUGCAUGUAAACCCCUGUUUACUUAGACUCGCUGCUUGAACAAAAAGAUAUUUUAUUUAUUUUAUCAAACAACAGCAAUAGGGAAACUGAGGGCCAGUGUAACAUAAUCACCGUAUUCAAAACAACAGAAAACAAUCUUUGUCAUCAACAGCGAACCACAUACCUUAGACCAAUAAAAUUGCUGUUCGUCAGUCACAGAGCCAUGUAGGUCUGUCUUUUAUCAUUCCUACCUGAAAUUAUUGAAUAUUCAAACUUUUGGGACGCUAACGUAAUAAAAAAGAGCAUGUGUAUCAGCUGUAAUACUCAGGGUUUUGCCCUAAAUGUCAACUGCACUAGUUUUUUAGUUAGUUAUUUAGUUAGUGGCAAUGCAGCCACUGAAAACAGUUUUCCUCAAGUCAUUAUUUAUGUGACAGAGUGGAUGCCAAUUCUAAUCAAUUUGAAAGCUAAUCAUUUGGCUGGGCUUGAUUGGCCAGUCAUUAUUUAUUGCAGUUUGGAUGCGUGCGUCAGCUGGGCAUUGAUAUGUAAACGACAUCAGCAUCAAGCCUGAAAGGCAGUCGGGCCGUGUCUAUGCGUUUUAGGAGUAAAUGUAGGAUUUCACAUAAAUUUACUCAUAAUAAAUGAAGAUCUUGACAGUUCCCUCAACUAAUAAUGACUUAAUAUCAUGAAUGUCACAAUUUUUGGAGUUAAUACAAACUCUGAUUUGUCACUGACCAAUUUUCUUUCAAAAACAAAAGCACAAAAUGCAGUGAUUUAGUUUUAAAUUGUAAACCUAUAAUUAUCUUUUUUGAAACUUUUUUGUACUAAAUCUAAGUAAUUUUUGACAAAUGACAGGUUUGAAGCCUUGAUGUGGGGUGUGUGUGUGUUUUCUAAUAGAACAGAGGAUCUUUGCGACAUCUCUAAGAUAAGAGUUAUUUUUGCAUUAGGCUGCUUUCAUACCACUGCAUUGCACUUUACAAUGAGGAUGUUCAGUGCAGGACAUAUUAUAGCUGCAUCCAAUAAAAGGUUCACUAAUGUGUUGGCUGAACCAUAAUUACAAACUGUAACAUACGGUGUGUCUAUUACCACUUAGAGCCUUUAACUUUCCUAUAGGGAGUUAGUAAAUUAAAAUGCUGUUAGUGCAAAUUAAACUUCAAAGACAAAUAAGAUUUGUGCAAUACAUUUUGUAAUGUUUGACCUUUUUAUUUCAGUUUCAAACUUUGGUUCCAGAGUGACAAUAUUUCCUUGUCCCUUCGCUUGUGCUCCUCCAUGUACUUUGUUAUUGCAUGGCCCAGAAUUCACAACCACAACUUUUAUCAUUCUGUUCUGUACAUGCAAAAGUAAUGAAGUCAUGAACUGUACAAAUAACAGAAUAGCCUGGAUUUUCCUGCUUAUAAAAUAAAACAUGAUUUUGUUUUCUUUCAUGAA